AGAUGCUCUAUUCCCGAGCUUAGCUACGGUAGCCCCAAGAUUCUCCCAUUGCCUCAAUUUCCCAAUUUCCCAUUCUUCUAUUUUUCUGAUUCUGGAUUUGCUUCAAAUUGCACCACAGCUGCUCUUCAUUUUCCAUUUCCAUUGUCUUAGUCUGUGACCAACAAGCGCCUGCGAUGGUCAAAGAGAUACCCUCGCCCAAAGGGCUCCCCUUCGUUGGGAACCUCUUUGACUUAAACGAUGAGGUACCAACGCGUGCCCUUGAACGGCUUGCAGACCAGUAUGGCCCCAUCUUCAAGCUUCGUACCUUGGGACGAGAGCGGAUCAUCGUCGCCGACCAUGAGCUAUUCGAGGAAGUCUGCGAUGAAACCAGGUUCUGCAAAGCAACUGGAGGGGGACUUGCCAGCCUCAGCUCGGGCUCGGGCGGUCCUAAAGGACUGUUCACCGCCCCCAGCGAAAAAGACACGGACUGGGCCCAAGCCCAUAGAAUACUCAUGCCCGCCUUUGGCCCUAUCUCUGUCCGUGGCAUGUUCGAUGAGAUGCUCGAUAUUGCUGAGCAACUUGUGCUCAAGUUCGCUCGAUUAGGAGAGGCGUACAAAAUUCCAGCCACAGAUGAUUUCACUAGGCUGACCCUCGACACUAUCGCUCUGGCUUCCAUGGACUACCGCUUCAAUAGCUUCUACACAGACGGAAUGCACCCCUUCGUGGAAGCAAUGACCCGGACCUUACAGGGAGGCCAGGCUCGAAUGCGCACCCCCCACAUUGUUCAGAUGUUUAUGUUCUCUGCAAACGAACAAAUGCGGAAAGACUCCGAAUUUCAAACAAGGCUGGCAGUCGACAUGGUACAGCACAGGCGGGAUAAUCCGACCCCAAAGAAGGACUUGCUCAAUACCAUGAUAUAUGGGAAAGAUCCCAAGACGGGUGAGGGCAUGAGGGAUGAGCUCAUCGCAGCUAACAUGGUUACAUUUCUGAUUGCAGGACAUGAGACUACGUCUGGCUUAUUGUCGUUCACAUUCUACAACCUACUCAAGAAUCCCGACACCUUCUUCAAAGCCCAACAAGAAGUUGAUAGAGUGAUUGGCAAAGAAAGACUGACCGUAGACCAUCUCAAAGAACUGCAUUACCUCAACGCGGUACUACGAGAAACCUUGCGACUUACACCCACCGCUCCAGGGUUUACACGGCGCCCGCGAGACGAGAACAAAGAAGAUCCAGUCAUAAUUGGAAAAGGCGACUACGUCUUGGAGAAAGACGCUUCGGUGUUCUGCCUACUCGGCAAAAUCCAGAAAGAUCCGAAAGUUUACGGAGAAGACGCGAAUAGUUUCCGACCGGAAAGAAUGCUGGAUGAAGCAUUUGAGAAGUUACCCCAAUGCGCUUGGAAACCAUUUGGAACGGGAAUGCGAGGGUGCAUAGGUAGACCUUUUGCAUGGCAGGAAGCUUUGCUCGUCACGGCCAUCUUGCUGCAAAAGUUCAACUUCAAAAUGGAUGAUCCUUCGUACGAAUUGCAGAUCAAGUCGACUUUGACCAUUAAACCGAAAGAUUUCUACAUGAGAGCGUCGCUUCGACCAGGGAUCACGCCUACAAGUCUUCAGCAGUCGUUGUCGGCUCUGUUAGGCGAGACGAAAGUUGGAGAGUUGCAAGAAGCGCAUGAAAGUAAAGAGCCAAAACAAGACGGCAACUGCAAGAAGUUGACCAUCUUAUAUGGGUCAAACACUGGAACAUGUCAAGCAUUGGCUCAAAGGUUGACUUCGGACGCUCGCCAACACGGAUACGAAGCCUCCGUUGCGGACCUGGACUCUGCUGUGGACAAGCUACCCAAAGACCAACCUGUGGUUAUCCUUACAGCUUCAUACGAAGGAGAACCGACAGACAAUGCUGCGUACUUCUUCGCAUGGCUACAAUCGGUGACAGGUGAUAAAAUGUUCGAUGGUGUCAACUUCGCAGUAUUUGGAUGUGGGCAUAGUGAUUGGGCUGCAACAUACCAGAGAAUACCGACUCUCAUCGAAUCUCUUCUGGAAAGUCACGGGGCCACCAAAUUUGCCGACCGGGGAUGCGCGAAUGCCGCUCAAGGCGACAUAUUCAGUGAUUUUGAUGCUUGGGCGGACCACACGUUCUGGCCUUCCCUACUUUCAACGUUCGGAAGCAAUGCUAGCAACGAAGAAGCCGGGGUGGCCGCACCACCAAGAUCGAAGGUCGAGAUGGAGAUUUCGACAGACAUGCGCUCCUCGCAGCUCCAACAAAGCGUGCUGCAAGGCACAGUGGUGUCUGCAAAAAUCUUAACAUCCCCAGGAGAGCCAGAAAAACGACAUCUUGAGGUCCAAUUGCCAGAGGGAACUGAGUACGAAGCCGGAGAUUAUCUCGCUGUGUUACCCUUGAAUCCAGAUGAGAGUGUGAAGCGAGUCCUCGCGCGAUAUGCUCUGCCAUGGGAUGCCACGGUUACGGUCAAAUCAGGCGGACCCGUUAAUCUUCCGGAGAACACACCAAUGUCAGCCUUCAAGCUUUUGGAGGGGUUUGUAGAGCUCUCGAUGCCUGCCACAAAGAAGAAUGUCGAAGCAUGCAUGAAUUAUACGGACCAUGAAGGGACAAAAUCAGCGCUUUCCUCUCUUUCCAGUUCGGACUAUCACACGGUUAUUGACCAACGCGUCAGCCUCCUAGAUCUCCAGGAUCAAUACCCAAGAAUAAACCUUCCCUUCGCUGAGUUUCUCGCCAUGCUGCCACCCAUGCGUCUCCGCCAUUACUCCAUAUCGUCUUCACCGUUGUGCAACCCAAGCACUUGUGUCAUCACGUACGGCGUCAUCGACGCGGAAUCCCUCUCCGGCCAAGGCCGAUUCGUCGGCGUCGCUGGCAGCUACCUAAGCAACGUGCGCAAAGACGAUCAGAUCCAGGUCAGCGUGCGCAAAAGCAACAAGAGCUUCCAUCUGCCAUCGAACACGGACACGCCGCUCAUCAUGUUUGCUGCCGGCACAGGUCUGGCCCCGUUUCGAGGCUUCGUGGAGGAGCGCGCUAGCCUCUUGUCUACGGGACGCCGGCUUGCGCCUGCGCUGCUCUUCAUCGGAUGUCGUUCGCGUACAGCAGACCGGCUUUAUGGCGAUGAGCUCGAUGAGUGGGCGAAGGUGGGUGCGGUGGAUCUGAGGUAUGCAUUUUCUCGGGAAUCAGACGCGUCAGAGGGCUGCAAAUACGUCCAGGACCGUAUGCUUCAGGACAAGGAAGACUUGGUGGGUCUCUGGGAUCAGGGCGCUAAGGUUUUCGUUUGUGGCAGUCCGAGCAUGGUCGAGGGCGUUCGAGGAGCCGCAUUGCAACUGGUGAAAGAAGGGAAAGCCCAGGAGGGCCUGGAGGCUACGAAGGAGGAGUCAGAGGCUUGGCUAAGAGGGCUGAGAAAUGAACGCAUCAGCGUCGAUGUUUUCGCGUGAAGGAUUGGGUAAUAUGGGGGCGCUUUCGCGUCUAAUUUACGGCCUCGUGUGUAUGACAUUGUGGUUUUUUCUUUUAGUAGGCCCAGUGGUGUCUUUCUGUUGUAGCUUGAUUGUCAAAGCACUACCACAACCUUUCUAAACCACGACAUAUGACAGAUUACCGGGACAUGGUGAGAAUGUAUUUAAUUCAUAGUCUGCCGCCCACGGACGUACCAUGCUUUGAAUUCUAUAAUCUUAAGGUCAUGAGGGCGUGCAUU